UUUUGGACUUGAGCAAAACUUGGGCAUAUCUAGCGGUGGUGUGGCGGCGGCUACGAGCUGAUUUACAAUUUUCGGGAGUAAAUGGCCACCAGAAAGCACUAAACAGGAGGCGGGAGGAUGUCUGCGGAGGUGGACUUGUUGCUGCAGGAGGCGAAAGAAAGCAUUGAGGCGGCUCAGAACUACCGGAGUGAACUCCAGCAGCGCCUGCAUGGCCUCAACCAGGCCCGCAAACAGGUUCGAGGCAGCUCAGGUCAGGCCCGUGAGGCCCUUCGGCGGCACUUCACAGAGCUGCAGGCAGCAGCCAGUCGGCUGCUGACGGAACGAUUGGCCAUCCUACUGGCUGAGGUGGACGCCAUCGAGGCAGACAGCGUCAAACCGCUUGAUGACUGCCAGAGCCUCAUUGAGCAUGGGGUGGGCCAGGCAGAUGAGCUGCUGAGAGAGGGGGAAGCAGCUCUGCGUUGUGGUCUCGGGGAGAAGGAGGACAAACUGGGCAGUUUCACCAAGAAGGCCAUGCACAUCCAACUGGACAGCCUACCAGAGGUACCAGCAUUGGUGGACGUGCCUUGUGUUUCAGCCCAACUUGAUGAUUCCUUGCUGGGUCUGCUGAGGGACAGGGUGUCCCGCCUUGGCUCCGUAUCCUCCCACCCGCCCGUCCAGAUAGAAGAGCUGCAGGAGAGGCCCGGCAGCAUCCUGGUCCGCUGGUGUAAGGUGGAUGAGGACUUUGCAGCAGCAGAUUAUCGGCUGCAGUACCGGCGCUCUGGCAGUGGGGGGAGCCAGUAUGAGGAUGCCUACAUCGGUCGGGACUGCGAGUUCCUGGUUCUCCACCUUGACCCUCACACCGAUUAUCUGUUCAAGGUCUGCGCUCGCGGGGAGGGUCGCACUGAGUGGAGCCCUUGGAGCGUCCCGCAGACGGGAUACACCACACUCACACCGCAUGAGUGGUGUCCAGGCACUGAGGGCUACAUCCUGAGCAGCAGGAGAAACAUCGCUCUGCGCAAUGACUCCUCCCAGUCGUGCUGCCCAGUCCUCUACUCCAAUGCGCCCACCUACUUCUGUGGCCAGACACUCACCUUCAAGAUGUCUGCAGCAGGUCAGAUGGAUCGGAGGGACUGUCUGGGUGUGUGUGUCGACAGCAAGAAGGAGGCAGAGUCACUUCAGAGAGACCAGGCCGUCUGCAUUUCCACCAAUGGUGCUGUAUUUGUUAAUGGUAAAGAGAUGACCAACCAGCUGCCUGCCAUCACUGUGGGCUCCACUGUGACCUUUGACAUGGAAGUGGUCAACCUGUUUCCUAUCAGCAACAACAACCUGAGCGAGGGGGGCAACUUCAAGCUGAGGGUGACCAUCGGCUCAGGGAGUCGGGAGGUGGUGUUUGAUUGGCUGGUGGACCAGGCGGUUGACUGCCUCUUCUUCGGCUGCUCUUUCGUCCACUCCGGCUGGAAAGUGCUCGUCUAUUAAUGGAUCCUUAAAUCUGCUGGAGCCGAGGAGUCGUCGUCACACAGGCUCGGUUACCUCGAGUUUAAACAUUUCUCUUCUGUUGUUCUUCCCGUCACACCUGAGCCCCCUGCAGGGUGCAGAGUCCAGAAAUAAUCACUCAUUUCUUCACAGAAUUUCCCCAACAACCGUUAUUUCAAACAAGUUUUGCAAAGUAGUAGCUACAAAUAAUACUCAUCUGUAUGUCUGACUGCAUCUGAGAGCGUUGCUGCCUCUCUGGGAGGAAAUGUGAUCCAUCGUAAUGAUUCCAGACUCUUUGUAAAACCCUGUCAGUGUUUCAAUCUUUUCCACAGCUCUGAUGCUCCACUGUACAUGUGAACCAACAUAUCAUCAACCUAAAUGAUCUCGCUCUUUUUCAGUGUUCAGAGAACCACGUUGAAGAAGUGAUAUUUGUGUCUGCCACAGCUUCUUGGCUCUUAGUUUGAUUCUGGGGCCUUCUUACGAGGUUGGCUAUUGUUUACAGCUUUGUUUUUUAUGUGGCAUCUUCCCUCGCUGUGGGGAGUUUUAGUUGGCUGUUGAUCUAUGCAUUGUCUUAAUUUAGUAACAGUUUGACACCCUGUAGAUGUAAACCACAGCCAGCCAGGACACACACUGUUCUUAGGAGGCCACAAGAUAAUAGUUUAGUUUUUAUCUUUUGUUUGUUCUUUUGGGAGCAGCAGGAGAGCAGACAGAAACGUUACAAUCUGCCAAAGCUGCUGCUAUUUUUUUUAUUUGUUUAUCUUAAAAAUAACCUGUCACUGUGAAAAUCACACCUCCUUUUUUAUUUUUCUUUGCCUUCUAAACUUGUUCAUCAGAAGUUUAAAGGGACAGUUCACCAAAAACACAAACCAGCCUGAGUGUUAUCUGUCUGUCUGGGGUUUUGGGGUGAACCUCUCAGAGGUUUGGAGAACCAUAGUGACAGCACAUGAAGCCAUCUCGUCUCACAAAAUACGGCUGCGUUUGUCUCUUUGCUCUGAAACAAAAGUUGCUGUUUUGUCUCCUGAAUUUACCUGGUAAUAUAUUAUUUUCACAUCUUCAUAUUUCAGCUUGCUUACAAGUCUGUGGCACUGUGACACACCUUACCUCUGAGCCAAUCAGAAGCCUGAGAAAUGGGUGUUAAAAAAAACUGUUGUUUUAAAAAAACUGACUGUUGACAAUAAGAGCAGAGGCUGAAAAUUUCAGAUAUUUACGUCUUGCUGGGACAAGUUUUGUGCUGCUUGUUGCUCCCAAAACUCAACUCUGAAACUGAAAGCAGUGUCUCUUCAAAUGUCAUGACACAGGGCCUCUCAACAGUCACCCUGUUAUUUUAUAUUUAUCUUUAGAUUGUGACAAAAGUACGUCAUCAUCUUAACGGAACAAAGUCGUCAAGUUGUAUUUGUUAAUAGUGGAAAAUAUGAGUGAUUACAUUUGGAAAGAGACGUUGUUUUUGAGUUUUCAGUUGUUAGCGUCAGACUUAGCUACAGGCUGAGCUGUGUUUUUUGGCUGAACUGUCACCUUUAAAAUAAUCAAGCUGUUACUUUGAAUAAUUUUAGCUUUUUGCAUUGACAAUCCUAACAGUAUUCACACAACCUGCCGCAGCAGUGGGAGGAUGAGAGUUAGCGUGUUAGCUGCAUGUAUGAUUUGAUGGUUAUCGAUCAACCUGUGAGGAACUAAUCAGCCUCGUGGUCUAGUUUACACAGUCUGACUCAUCAUUACUGAAUGUGGCUGCUGUUAAUUAAUGUGAGGACCUGAGUUAACCUCUUCUGUCAAGGUGAUGUAGAAAGAUGUUUGACCUGAAAACAGAAUAACAUGGAUAAAGUUUCAGAUCAAACAGGAAGUUGUAGUUCUUCUUUUUUGGUUAAGAUUAAUUUUGUGGAACAUUUUAAAUGUGUAUAACCAACAGUGUCCUAUUUUGUCCAUCCAACAGUCAAAUAAACCCCAAAUAUUCUAUUAAUAGUGAUGUAAACGGAGACGUCUGAGAGAGCUCUUACAGAGAGUAUUUGACAUUUUUGUAUGAAAAAGUACUCUGAUUAAUCAGUGAUCAGUUAAUUGACUAAUUUCAGCAAUUAAGUCUCAUGACAGAGGCAUUCUGUUUUAAAGGAAUAGUUUGACAUUUUGGGAUGUCACUGCUUAUGGCCAUUGGCAGACAAUAAACACUUCCAUGUAAAACCCCAUAUUGUUUUUACAUCCCUGUUGUUGUGCGAAUAAAAUAAACAAGAUGUGUCGUCUCUUUUAAACUUCGUACAGAACCAGGCUAGCAGUUUCCCCCCGUUUCCACUCUCUAUGCUAAGCUAAGCUAAGCUAAGCUAAGCUAAUCGCCUUCAGGCUCCAGCUCACAAACAUGGUGUCAAUUGUCUCAUCUCACUCUUAGCAAGAAAACAAAUUUGUGUAUUUCCCCAGAAUCUGUGAACUAUUCCCCUAACGACAAAGAUGUUAUUCUGUCGUGGCAUCACAUACUGUCUAGGAUUAGAACGUCUCUGACUCUGGUACAUCAGGAUGAUCCAUCAUGGCUGUCUGCCAUUAUUUAUGUGACUUUCACGAAUGUAUACUGCCGUCAGUUUUAUUCUUUAUCUUUGGUCCGUCUGGUGGAGUGAAGGCCUUCAACAAUGAUGCUGCAACAUUAACAGUUAUUGAAAAACAUGUUCCAAUUUCUAACAGUUUUAAUGUCUUGACAACAUAUCUGAUUUUAUGAAAUCCAUGUGGAUGUUUUCUCCUUGUGCCAAUUUUAAAUGACAGUAUCAGUGGAUGUUUGUCCUGCACACACAGUGGACUGUUAACCAACAUUCUUCAGAGAUGUGUCCUUUUCCCGUUCUCAGCUGCUCUGAGGUCAGUGCUUUGUCUUUGUGGAGGACACUGGAUGGGUCCAGUUGAUGGUACAGAUUUCCUGAAACCAGUGAACAGAAGUCUUACUGUAUCUUUUUCCUGCCUGAAGGAGAGUGAACUGGUGUCUGAAACACACUGAAGCAAACUGUGUUUCUAAACGUUUUGACAGUGAAAACAGUGACAUCUGCUGGUAUUUGUUUCAAUGCUGUUAUCUUGGAUAUUUUGUUCAAUAAAGGUCAAAUUGUGUCAACAGA